AUGCCAAUUCCUACUUGUGUGACUAGUAAUGUACAAUUUAUUCUAUUUGACACACCUGACAGUAUUGCAGACUGCAUUCACCCAAUAGACGUGAAGCUGUUUGUAAGGCCGGAUAUUUUAACAUCUGUGAGAUCCAUACCUGAUUUAAACUUCGUCUACAUCAACUCCCCUACACUGACGUUCCUGGAGCCAGAGGAGGAGGUGCCAGCUCCACACAGCGUCAUCUGCGACGCCUACAUCUUUAAGACAGACGGAGUGGUUCUCGUCCUGACGUUUGUUUCCAGAGAUGAGCCUGACGCUGUUCUUUACAACUCCACACAGGCCCGGGCUCUGACGGUCGCUGUCAGGAGCAGAACUUGCACCAACUUUCACCCCGUUCAUGGCGUCGUAUCGCCAGACAUAUACAAAAGUUCUCGGAACUUCCUGACCAGGAUCCAGCAACUUCACACAACUGCAGCGCAUUUGUCUGUACAUCAGUCCUUGACUUCCAGAGAUGGGAAGAUGGUUGACAUAUUCAGGACGAUGACUCAGCAUCAAAGGCCAUCAAGAAAACUCACAGAUUGGGAGAGAUUAUUUGUGAAGACAGCUGCCUACCAGGAAGUCCGAGACAAGCUACAACAACACAACCUGGUGAUGCUGACUGGUGGUCCUGGGGAAGGUAAGACCACAAUAGGACACAUGCUGUGUUGUGACUACCAGCAACAAGGAUACAACACAGUCUUCUACAGCAGAUGGGAGGACUUGAACAAGGAUGUAUUCCAGGCAACUAAACCGACACUGGUGGUGAUUGAUGACAUGGCAGAUCACUGGGUAUAUUCAAACUUUGUCAAAGAGAUACACAACAAAACUUAUACCAACAAGCUUGUUUGUGUUCUUAUUAUAUACGCGAACUGCAAACGAGAUACGUUCAAUCGAAAGACGGACAUAACACAGAUAGGAAGACAGAACUUGGACAGAACAAAGCAGGAAUAUUCCCAGAUGCUGGAGAUGCAGACAGACAUUCCAUCAGACACACGGGAGGAGAUUAUAGCUAACCUUCCUUCAUAUGUCGGUUUCCCCAAGGUCAUCAAACACUUCUCUCAAGACAGACCUACCACAGAUCCUGUAUCAUUUUUCGCAUAUCCACAUUCACAAUUCAGAAAAGAAAUAGAAACAUUACUUAGAAAUGUUGAUUAUUCUGCUACAAUGAUAUAUAUCUUGGUUUCUGGGAACCUAGUGGCAGACUACUAUCCAUAUCCAUAUAUCUAUGACAGUGAUGAAAGUGAUGAGCGUGAUCAGAGUGGUUAUUAUAUCGAUGGUUCGAGAGAGUUUCAGUCUCUCUUUCCCGAAUUAAGAACAGAUGAUCUUCCUGACAUGUUACACAGAUUGUGUGCCACCUAUCUAUGUCAGUCUGGCGACGAUAUUAGUUUCACAGAGCCUGUCAUAUAUGACGCCUGUAUGUUUGUUGUUGACAGCAUGUUUCCUGGAGUUCUAUGGAAACACUGCAAAGUUUUAUAUGAAACUGACAACAAACAGUAUCUCACAGACUUGCCUGAUAAAACCAUCGUCAUCUCCAGUCACAACACAAACAUGUUUCUGACACAGCUGGUAGAAGACACAAGGAGAGGGAAGUUCAGACACACAUUCCGUCACCCAGUUCUCAGCAGGGAGGACAACAUAGACAGGUUCCUGACACAGCUCGGGGACAGUUUUGUGAAUGUUCUACAUUUACAGGAUACAGCUGGUUCUUCCACUGGUUUAAGGUGCUUCUUGUACUGGGUCCUACAGUCUGGCAAUGAUUACCUGUGUCAGAAGGUGUUACAGAAACAGGAACUGUCACAGGUACAUGUCAGUGAAGAACUAGCUUGUUGUAUCAGACUACAAGACACCAAGUCCUUCCUGUAUCUACGACAGCAGCUGCUGGAUCUACAGAGGGGAGAUAUCACAUAUACACCAGACUAUACAGAUGCUGAUGGAAACUCUCUUUUUAUGAUGUCUGUGGACAGGAAUAAUGCCAACAUGGUCGACAUCUUACUAGAAGAUGAUGCAGAAUGUCUGAUCAUGAACAAAGUCGGAAAUUCUGCCCUCCAUCUGGCCUCUUUGAGGGGAUAUACAGAUGUUGUCAAGUUACUGCUUCCCCACAUGGAGAACUGGAAGAAUCUGCCAGGACAGGACUUGAUGACACCUGUCAUGAUGGCUGCACUGAAAGGUCAUGGUCAGCUGUAUAAGUAUCUGGCAGAUGAAGGGAAGUGUGACCUGACUGGUGUUGAUGAUAACGGUGAUACUAUCCUACAUCUGGCAUGUCAGGGCGGUAGUGUCCGGAUUGUCAAACAUCUGAUGUCUAGUAAGCUGUUUGACAUCAACCACAGAGGCCAGUAUGGAAAGACACCUCUGAUGAUUGCAGCAUGCAGAGGCCACAGAGAUGUGUUUCAGUUACUUCUGUUACAGAACUGUCACAUCUCUCCUGGGAACUUCACUAUGUCGGAGACACUCUCUUAUGGACAUGUUGGUGACUGCCUGAACAUGUCACAGUUUCUACGAGCAAGAGAACAUGGCCUGAAUAGGUUCAUGUUGACACACAAGAAACAUUAUAUCUCGAAAUUGAAAUCACACUUGGAGGAGAAAGGAUCGAGCAUGUUACUUGUGGAUGUGAGUGGUCUGAGUCUGCUCCACACAGCAGCAGAAACAGGGAACGUGGAACUGGCAGAGUUCCUCCUGUCAAAGGGCAAGGUUGACAUCAACACGGGGGAUGCCAGCGGGAGGACUCCAGUGAUGUUAGCAGCAGCUGCAGGACACAGAAUCAUGUUUGAGUUUCUAACUAAAAACCAGUGUGACUUGUCAUUAAAGGAUACAAAGACACGUGGAGUUCUUCACUACGCAAGUCAAGGGGGAAACUUGGGUAUUGUACAGGAUGUGGGAUGUAAGGAUGUAAACGAGACAGACAGAUAUAAUAAAACACCUGUCUCGUAUUGUGUAGAGAGAGGACAUAAACACAUUUUUGACACAUUGUUUAAUACAGGGGGAGAUCUGUCAGUUGUAGACACUGACAAGAACACACUGCUACAUUUUGCAUCCAAGGGAGGUAACCAGGCUAUAGUGGAGCAUCUCCUGUCAUCAGGGAUGUUUGACAUAAAUGCUGUGAACAGAGACAGGAGAACACCCCUGUUGGAAGCAGCGUUCAGUGGACACGCAGACAUCUGUCAGCACCUGAUUGUUGUCGGAGCUGAUGUACACAGACAGGACUAUGAUGGGAAUGACGUGGUACUUGUUGCUGCUCAGACACGGAAUCUCCAGUUGGCUGAGUGUGUUUUGUCUGUGAAGAAACGAGUUGACUUUGUACAGGACAAACAUGGGAAAACAGCAGCAAUGUUUGCAGCAGAGAGCGGGGAUGCUGACAUGUUUACGCUGAUGAGCAAAGGGUGUGAUCUCUCUGUGAAGGAUGACGAAAAAAACAGCAUCCUUCAUUUCGCUUGCACAGGAGGAAAUGUAGAUAUAGUAGAAUCUAUUUUUGCACAGAACAAAGCCAACUUCAAUGGAAGAAAUAUAUCUCAAGAAACACCAGUGAUAAGGGCAGCGUUGAAUGGUCACAAGGCAGUGUUUGACCUACUUGUCAGUAAAGGAUGUGACCUGACAGUGACGGAUGAGUAUGGUGACAACAUCCUUCAUGUGGCUUGUGAUGGAGGCAAUGCACAGAUUGUAGAGUACCUUGUCUCUCAUAACAUAGUUGACAUCAACAGUGCAGAUUAUGUGGACAGAACACCAGUGAUGCUGGCAGUGUUGAAGGGUCACAAGGCAGUGUUUGACCUACUUGUAAGGAAAGGAUGUGACCUGACAGUGGAGGAUGUGUUUGGUAACAACAUCCUUCACGUGGCUUGUGAUGGAGGCAAUGUACAGAUUGUAGAGUACAUUGUCUCUCAUAACAUAGUUGACAUCAACAGUGCAGAUUAUGUGGACAGAACACCAGUGAUGCUGGCAGUGUUAAAGGGACACAAGGCAGUGUUUGACCUACUUGUGAGUAAAGGAUGUGACCUGACAGUGACGGAUGAGUAUGGUGACAACAUCCUUCACGUGGCUUGUGAUGGAGGCAAUGCACAGAUUGUAGAGUACAUUGUCUCUCAUAACAUAGUUGACAUCAACAGUGCAGAUUAUGUGCGCAGAACACCAGUGAUGGUGGCAGUGUUAAAGGGUCACAAGGAAGUGUUUGACCUAUUUGUGAGUAAAGGAUGUGACCUGACAGUGAAGGAUAAGAAUGGUGACAACAUCCUUCAUGUGGCUUGUGAUGGAGGCAAUGUUCAGAUUGUAGAGUACAUUGUCUCUCAUAACAUAGUUGACAUCAACAGUGCAGAUUAUGUGCGCAGAACACCAGUGAUGCUGUCAGUGUUAAAGGGUCACAAGGAAGUGUUUGACCUACUUGUGAAUAAAGGAUGUGACCUGACAGAGAAGGAUAAGAAUGGUGACAACAUCCUUCAUGUGGCUUGUGAUGGAGGCAAUGUUCAGAUUGUAGAGUACAUUGUCUCUCAUAACAUAGUUGACAUGGACAGUGCAGAUUAUGUGCGCAGAACACCAGUGAUGGUGGCAGUGUUAAAGGGUCACAAGGAAGUGUUUGACCUACUUGUGAGUAAAGGAUGUGACCUGACAGUGAAGGAUAAGAAUGGUGACAACAUCCUUCAUGUGGCUUGUGAUGGAGGCAAUGUUCAGAUUGUAGAGUGCAUUGUCUCUCAUGACAUCGUUGACAUCAACAGAACAGGUUGUGCCGGAACAUCACUUGAUAUCGCAAAAAAACAACGCAACCAUUCGUUGGUUAAGUUUCUUAAUCAAUAUGGUGCAGUAUCCAGAUACCAUCACUGCAGAUCGCGAUAGACAACGAUGAAAUGGUUGAUAUUCUGAAGCAAUUUGGUGCAGUGUGAGAAGUGUGUCCAUCUGGUCCAUGAAAACCACCUCUGCCCUGACACUUGACAGGCUUGUUCUCAACAAUUUGUCCAAAGGGAUGUCAUCCGGUCCCCAUGCUAACCAUAAUGAAGAAACCUCUUGUUGUCAAGUUUGUCCACGAAUCUGAAGUUUGGACCAUUAUUUGACCUUUUGUAUGUCGACCUUGCUCAAUAAUACUCCCCAACGUCCCACAGGUUCUAUAAACAUCAACUCCUCAAAAAGACAAAACUUAACAUGGAUGGUCUCACAGCGGCGACACCUUACUUUGCUCUGGAGGAACCACAUUUUAUCAAGUUUAUUUAUGACCACUAUCCAGCCAUUUGUUUGUGUAAAGUAUGAUAUAUGAUGCAACACAUAUGUAGAUAGUAGUGGGACUCUCAUAUAUGUUCCUUUUUUGUAAUAAAACGCAAGUCGAGUAUGCAGUAUACAUGUUAU